UCGGCGCAGAGGCCCAAAAAGCAAAACCCUCGGGGAAUAUAAAUUCACUAACUUCGUCGUCUAGGGUUUCUUUAACAGCUAGGUUCGCCUCUGCUCUGCAUCUCUCUACCGCCUCUCCGAGCUCUUCCAGCGAAAAUGCCGUCGCACAAGACAUUCAGGAUCAAGAAGAAGCUCGCGAAGAAGAUGAGGCAGAACAGGCCGAUCCCCCACUGGAUCCGUAUGAGGACUGACAACACCAUCAGGUACAACGCGAAGCGCAGGCACUGGCGCCGCACCAAGCUAGGGUUCUAAGGUGGAUGUGCCACACUUAAAUUCGAUUUGAAGCUUUCAGUUUUUGUUGCGCUAGACUUUGAGCCGUGGUCUGAAUUUAGGAUUGGAUUCUAUGAUGAGUUACUGUUCACAAGGUUUUGGAUGGAACCAUUUGCUUAAUCUGUAUUUCCGUUCUGCCUGACGAGUAUGGAGUAAUUAGCAAGCCGAAAUUUGGUUUUUAGACCGAAUC